UAGUUCUUUCUAGGGCAGGUUUAAUGCCUGAGCAUAGAAUUAUAUUUCAUAUCUUUAGCUUAUGAAGCAUCCUAUCACCCCGGAUUUACGCUCACAACUUACAAGUGAGCUGAUAGCUAAGUGCUUACAGCCUCCCUGGGGCAGUACACACAAAAAGGAUUGACCCCCUUUUCUCAAAAUUCAUUUUUACACUCACAACUCUAAAGUGGGAUAAACUCAGCACUGGGUUUUUCCCAGAACAAGUCACAUGACUGAGAUUGAACUAGUAGUACUGUACAUACAGGAAAUGUUGUACUCUGUUGUAUUUUGCUUGCAUGGAGGUUUGGUAUAGUACAAUUCAUGAUGCCUAAGGCAAGCAAAAAGAAGUUUUCACAGCAGGCGGGUUCUUUGCUGAUUCAUGUACCAGCAAUGAGUGGUCGUAGUAUGGACCAAGUACUUGAUGUCUUGCAGCAGAACAAUGGGCCGAUGGAGACACGAGAAAUCAUCAAAGUUCUUGGUUUUCAAACCAAGAAGGAAGCUAAUCAAAUGUUAUACAAGAUGCGUCAACGCGGACAAAUUCAAAAAGUUUCAGAAUCUCCUCCAAAAUGGGAUGUGAAACAAGAUGGAGUUAAAGAAAACAGACCGGGUCAAAGUUCAGUUGGUUAUGGUGCUACAACAAACACAACAGAAGAUGUGCAUGUUAGACGAAGUUCGUCCGGUUCUGACAGAGUGGAUAGUGAGGUGUCCAGCCAUGAAAAUGAAGAGGAGAAUUGUACUUCUCCAACUCCUGCAACGGUUACUAUGCAAGUUAAUGAUCAACUGAGCUGGAGGCUCUUGCACUCGCUAGCAGCACAGACUGACGCUAUACAUGCCAACGAACUGGCCAAAGCUGUCGGACUGCAGAGAAAAAAGGAGAUCAACCCGACUCUAUUCAACAUGCAACGGCAUGGACUAGUUAAAAAGGUGAAGGAUUCUCCGCCGUUGUGGGUAAUCACACCCUCUGGACGGAAGCAGGUUACUGACGAGGGAAGUGUUCCCAUUGGAGAUCUACCGCCCACGUUACGGAACGGUCCGCUCAAUUUUAAUAAUGGGUUCAGUCAAAGACCUGGUCCCAUAACAGUAUCAGUUGCUACUUCAAGUAGUGCGCUACACAGCCACAGUAACAAUAAUAUAAUUGCUAGAAGCAGUAACCAGUUGAUCCAGGAGUCUAUGGAUUCUCAGGAAGAAAAUAUGGAACAAAAAAUUUUGGAGACACUAAGCACAGUUGAUACCAUAUCGACAUCUGAUUUGGUUCGAGCAGUUGGGUUGACAGUCUGUCGGGAAAUCAACCCUACAGUGUACGGGUUACAGAAGAAAGGCCUGGCACGAAAAGUCAGCGAAAGUCCGCCAACGUGGCAGAUCACACCGGAAGGAAAGGCUUCAUCGGAGACCAAGAGUAUUAUGGGAGGACACCAUAUGAGCACUUCUGGUCUCCUAAGUGAGGAUCUUUCAAUGCCGAUGGAGGUUGGUGAAAUAUCCAUGGAGAUUGACAAAGAACGUUUUGACUACACUCAAAAGAACCCAAUCAGUGCUUUGACAGAGUAUGCGCAAUCUCGUCAGCUUCCCCAUGAGAUUGCGCUCGUCAAGGAAUGCGGGCCAUCACACAAUCCUAGAUUCACGUAUCGUGUUAAAUUGGGAGGGCGUCUUUUUCCUCCCGCUGAACAAAAGAACAAGAAGGAGGCGCGACGUGAAGCGGCUGAUUAUGCAUUACGUAUUCUGAUGAAAGAGGGCAUGUAUAAGCCAAAACGAAAUGGACCCCCUGUUCUACAGCCAGUUGGGCCAAACUCAACUUUCUUUGACAAGAUAGCUGGAUUGGCUCAUCAAAAAUAUAGUGACCUAGCAGCAGACAUCCGAGAAAGCAUUGGAGGUCGAUCUGUAAUUGCAUCCUUCAUAAUGCGUCGGGGCGACGAUGAUGACGGCGUGGUCGUUAGUUUAGGAACAGGUAAUCGAUGUGUGACGGGCGAUAUGCUAAGUAUGGAAGGUUUGACUGUCAAUGAUUCCCAUGCAGAGAUCAUCACUAGACGGGCGUUCAUCAGGUUCCUGUAUAAUGAGUUACGAGCAUAUCAGCAGGAUCCAGAACAAUCCAUUUUUUGCCGGAAGCCCUCUGGAAAGCUUGGAGUUCAUGAAGAUGUUACCUUUCACCUCUACAUCAGUACGGCUCCUUGUGGAGACGGAUCACAAUUUUCUCGUUCGGACACCGGGCCAAACGUGGAAGGCCCACCAGCUGAACUAGAUUUCAGUGGUAAAGCUGAACAUGUGCCAACACUAGAAAAGAGAAAUCAAGGUCUGCUACGAACAAAGCUAGAAACUGGUGAAGGAACAAAUCCGAUAGAAGGAGAACAUAUGCAGACAUGGGAUGGAAUCAAUCGAGGAGAGCGACUACGUACUAUGUCGUGUAGCGACAAAAUUGCGAGGUGGAAUGUUCUUGGACUACAGGGAGCACUCUUGAGCCAUUUUCUUGAACCAAUAUACAUGAGUUCUCUCACUCUUGGUACACUCUACCAUCAUGGGCAUUUGUCAAGGGCAGUUUGUUGCCGCUUACAACAUGUUCACGAAACAAAGAACUUGACGACAUCUUUGCCACCUAACUACCAGGUCAGCCAUCCACUCCUUGGCCAUGUGACUAAGAUUGAAACUCAAAGAACCACCGAGAAAACAAAACAAUACAGUAUUAACUGGUUCGCCGGAUGUCAAAAAGCUGAGGUCACGGAUGGUACAAAGGGAAGAUGUACUGAUGAAAAGGUGCGAUCGGUGCUAUGUAAGGCAGAACUCUUCAAUGAGUUUCGCAAAACAUGUGCCUGUUUUAAUCGAAACGACCUUUUAGAAACACAAUGGUAUUUAGAAGCUAAACAUUUGGCAACAGAUUUUCAAAUCGCUAAACAACAUCUAAAUGAAUGCUUCGUUGAAGGUGGCUACGGACAUUGGCUAGAGAAACCAUUUGACGAAAAGCAUUUUAAGUUCCAGUUUAGCUCUUAAGUUUACGCCCCCUUUUGUAAACUUAUAUUGCUAAAUUUUCUUUGAAAGUAGUUUAAUUUUAUAUGAUUUUUAAGAUUCAACAUCGCAGUUCCCUUGAAAAAUGUUAUGUUAUGAAGAAAGAUACAGAUGAAGAGGUACGUCAGCUGUAAACCUCAAACAUGAAGAACAGAAAAGAAUAAAAGGAAGAAGAACAAGAAAGGUAUAUUGCUAAUACCAGAUUUUCCAAGAUGUUACCUCUCCAUAUAGCCACCUAUACAGUAGACUACAUUAGUCUCAAAAUCAAAGUUCUAAGAAUGAUAAAAAUAGAGAAAAAACCAAGUUGGCAGACAAUGAUUUGUGAUGUAGAAGACAAGUCUAUGUGAGCUAGGAUGAGGAUUCAAGCCUUGUAAUCUGCUUUCAAGUUUUCAGUGCGAGAGUGGUUUGCUGGUCUAGGGUUACUUGCCAAAGGCUCCUUCCGCUCAGACUCAAGCCUGUUUGCUAACUUUACAGUACAGGACUAAAUAGAGUGAUGGUAUGUACCAUAAUUGUUUCACUGUAUCGGGUUGAAUUUACCAGAACAGGUUGAAAUGUUAUGAAUUUAAGAUCCAACUUUCACUUAAAUAUACAAUAUUAUCCUAAACAGAAAGGUAUACAGUAAACUUUUGAACAUGUUAAUGAAUUGCUGAAUGUUUUAACCAAGCCUUAAGUGAAUGAGUUUUAUUCUAAGCCAUCUUUAAAAAAAUGAAUCCCAGUAUUUCCGUGGGAUGAGUGCAAUGCAUCGAUCCUCUGGUUUCUCAGAGGUAAUAACAGUAAGUUGGCCAAAUGCAACUAGCCUUUGUGCGGAAUACAUGCAGCAAAGAAAGGCACGUGAAUAGCAUACAGCCUUGGCCAAUAAUACCAGCCCAUUGGUUUGUUACCAAGAGGUGUGUGGUGUGUAUAUACUGUAUAAUAUUGCUUCAAUAUCAUGCACAACUAGAUAAGAUCUGAUCAUUUGUAAUUUAAAAGAGUGAACAUAUACUGUAUCAUGCCAAGAUAGACAUCAUGAUUAGUGUUGCUGUUUCGAUUCUGCUGCACUGACACAAAAUGCUAAGAUGAUGAAGAGGCAUUCCUGCCCGGCUACCAUCCACUUUUGAAGUUGAGGAUCACUUGUUCUGCUGCCAUUUGGUAGUGAAGAGGAAGAACUACUACUGUUCUAUUGUUUUGUGUUGCAGAGGCAUGCCUGCUGCCAUCCUCUUUGUGAUGUCGGUGUGAUGUGUCUGUUUAUCCUCCUCUACCAUGUAGGAUAUGCAUACUUGUUGAAAUUCUAAAUGAUUUUGGAAUGUUAUUCCUUUUAGCAUCCACUUGUUUAUGUUAUGUAUCUGUAAUUAUGUCUUUUUAAUGGUGAUUUGAACUGGUGCAUUUUAUUGUCAAGGGAUCAUUUGAGAUUCACAUAAUACUGGAGAGGCAAUGCUGUUACUGAUGGAUGUGGUUGGAAACCAUUAUUCCCAUUUCUCUAUGUGUAAUAAUGUAGAUUUGUUCCUUCUGUUGUAGUCUAAGGUGCCGGAGAAGACUACUGCAUACCAUCCUCUUAUGUGAUGUUGAAUGGCAUACUCUCUGCCAUCAUCUUGUGUAAUGCCAGAGUGGCAUACCAGCUGCCAUCUUCUUGCCUGAUGUCAGGGCAGCAUAUCUGCAGUCAUUGUCUUGUCUCAUGUCAAUGUAGCAUGUUUGCUGCCAUCCUCUUGUGUGAUGUUGUGUGGCAUACUACCUUUCAUCCUCUUGUGUAAUGUUGGAGUGGCAUACCUGCUUUUGUCCUCAUGUGUGAUGUUAAUGAUACACUGAUCGUCUUGUAUGCUGUGCAAGCUAUAGAUAGUAUUUUCCUCUUCUCUGAUGGCAGUGAGGUUGAUUGUACCUAAUGCUUUCUCCAUGUGAGGUAUAGUGUGUGUUGAUAUGGUGCGAAUGAACGAGAUACCACCAAUUAAGAGUGAUAAAUGAUAGAUGAUGAGCUGCAAGUUAAAAAUGUUUAUGUUUAAACAUAUAUUUCAAUUGUCACAAGUGCUUUUUAUUUAAAUUGCCUUAAAUCUUUGUUGUCAUUAAGCAUUAUUUAUGCCAUAUUUAUUAUUUAUAUAUCUAAUUAUGUUAUAAAUAUUUUGUUAUAUAAGUUUACAAAAUUAAGUAAACUGGACAAAGAAAUGCAAUCAACGGAUAUACAUAAGUCUUAUAGACUUAUUGAAAAUAAUAAUAAUUACUAUUAUAGGACUGUUUUCAAAUAUUGUGCAAAUCUCAGCCCUGAAUCUGAUAAUUCUAGAAUUACCCAACUCAAUAAAUUACAGUAUCUUUGCUCAUGAUAAUCACAUAUUGAUGGACCAUAAUAGUAAAAAUUUCCACAAGUACUUCAGGAGUGAAAAUAUAACUGUAUUAUCAAAAUUCAACAUAGUGUUAAUAAGGAUCUUGUGCCCCACAUAAGUAUAUAUUUCACCUUGUAACCCCCUUUAAGCAAAUUUCCACCCAUAAGCAUAUAUGUAUAUUAGAAUAAUAUUUAAGCUGGUCUUAAAUUAGUACAUACACCGUUGUUUAACCAGAAUUCCUUGUAAAUAUCCAAACGUUUAUUACAUUUUAAAGAAUUUUUAACUUGCCAAAAAACACAAUUGUAUUUUUUUUAUUGCCAAAUUGAAAAAAAAUACACCCCCCCCCUCCCAAAAAAUAAUCAAAUCAUAUUUAAAGCAUGCACUUCUAUUUUAGACAUAUGUACUGUAAUAUUAUGUAAAGAGUUUUACAACCAAUAAGCCGUUCUCUCUGGUUUUAUUGAGAAUUUUAGAGUGAAUCAUGUUCAAAAGCAUAUAUAAAAAAGUCUAUGUAGUUUCAAAUGAAAAUUCUCUUGAUUGCUAUAUUUAAUGGUGUCUGCUAUUUGUUGGUAAAAAGUUAGAAAGAAAGAGAAAAUGGUGUAAAAUUAAUUGUAUGUGUAAAAAAGCAAUUCUAAUCAGUACUUUGCCAAUUUGAAAUGUUGAUUAUAAAUGAUUUUAAAAUGUUAUGUGAACUAUCGUUCUAGUCAACUAGCAAUAAUAAUGUGUAAAUUCCCCAUUAGGUGUUGAAAAAAGACUCCUUGAACUAAUAAAGCUCCUUUGAACCAUACUCUUAUAUAUGAUAUGGUACUUUUGAAUUAUUUGAUGUGAUAGAUCCAAGACUGAAGACUAAAUAGGAUUGCCAGGUUAUAUGAAUAUUUCGCUAAAAUUAUAAUAACUAUCCAUAUAUAGGAUAUUUAUCUACAUUGCAUUCCGGUAUUCCAUCAUGACUUCAUUAAAAAUAAGUCAACAAAAUUUAAAUUGAAUUUUGCCAGGUAAUUUUACUGUACUUAAAAGUAUGAUAAUGGAACAUACAAUAAAAAAAAAUUAAAUGUGUAACUCCUUCAUUUAUAAUAUUCUAUUUUCACACAAACUUGAAAGCACAAUUCUGAUCUAUUUCAAACAUUAUUGAAGCAAAACCAUAACAUAAUUUAACUUAAAUGUAAUUUUCCUCAAUCGUAAUUUUCUCUUUUAAUCUUUCAAUUCUGGCAAUAUCAUGCAACCAUUUUAAUGUCUUCAGCGACCUUUGACAUACUCCAGUGCAUGACUGAGCAUGAUUGCAUAAUACGUAAGCUGUGUACGUUGUAUCACGUUAGCGUUUGCUGUCUAUGUCUAUCUAUUUAUCUCUGUAUUCUGAUAUUGAUGUUGCUUAUAUGAACUUCGGUGCUCUUGUUAAUGAAUAUACCUUUGACCAUAUAUAUCAUAAAAAAAACUAUAUAUAUGCUGUUAGUAACAUUCAUUAGAAUGUUAAUCUAAAAAUAUCUCAUAUAUUAAGAGUUCUGUAAAGCUACUAUAUAGUCUAUAAAAAUUGUAGAUUACGAUGUCUUUAUAAAUAUUGAAUACCUUACAUGUAUUGUUUUACCCUUUGAUUAGUUCCUUACUAUUGCAAUGAAAAUUUCUUAACUACAGAGUGCUAAAGUUGUAGUGGAGUACAAAUCUGUCAGAUACUGUCCUGCUAGUAUUUCAUACCAAUUUGAAACUUAAUAAUGAUAAGAAAAUUAAGUAGUUAAGUAGUUUGAUAAGUCAUAUUUCUGAAAUGUGGUCCAGAAAAUUAGCCUGCUUUUGCAUGCUAAAUAUUGUGUAAUCAGUGUGUGUUGUAUAUAUGGUGUUUGUAUUUGUAUGCCAUCGCUCAGUCAAAACAUUAAUAAUUGUUAAUUAUGAUAUCUAUAAAACAUAUAGAAAUAAUACUAUAGAUGUGUGGAUAUUCAGAAAAAAAAAAAAUCAAAAUAAUGUUUGUGGAUGCUUUUGUAUGUUUGAAGUUGUAUGCAUAGUGAACGUAAUGUUGUAAUGCUACAAUUUUUUUUUUCCAAGUUAAAGUAUAGUGUUUUGUAUUUUCAAUACUAAAUAUCUAUCUUGCCUUCCUUUGUAAACCAGUAUUAUAUGUAAUUCAGUAUGUCAGAUCAGGAGGAAUAGACGUCGAGGCGGAUUGACGGAAUUUGUGUCGGCAUCUGAUUGGAUUUUGAGAGUUGAUGGUUGAUAUGUUGUGGGAAACGAUUGCAAUACUAUAAAGAGUAAGAAGAAAAAUAUACCCUGAUAUCAGGGUUUGUUGUAAUAAAUUUUUUCUUUGAAACCAUUCCAUCUUUUUUAUAAGUACGCGUAGGUAUAUAUUAUAAAAUAAAUUGUAUGUAUGAGCGUGUAAUAAGUGUUAGCUAGAAAGUUUUGUUUGCAUUUUUAUCUCAUUUUGUUGAGAUGAACAAUUAAAGGUACAAUAUAAAAAAAUGUCAAAAAACUUUUAUGUUUAUUGUUUUAAUCUUUUAAAGAAGUUGAAUUUUAAUUGUCAGAAGAAUACUUGAUACUUGAUAUAUAAAACUUGUAUAUCCUUUUAAAAAAAUUUAUUUCGACCUGUUUUUUGUGAAGUGAUCGUCCCAUGUUUGGUGUGGUUCAUUCGAGUACAUCAAUAACUGACAAUGUUCCUUGUGUGUCCUACUUUUCUUGUUCUCCAUUUUGUCUCUUCUCACUACUGCUUCGAUUUCAAACAAAUUAUGUAGUGUUCAUCGUGAAACAUAAAUAACUCUGUCAUGUAAUAGUUGUCUUAAUGAGACCUAGUAAAUACAAGCAAUAUAUAUUACAUUCAUUUUUCUUUCCUCACCAUACAAGGGUUUUACAGAAUUCCCUUGUUUGGUAUUCCUGUUGAAUAAAUAUUAUGUUUAAAUUCAAACAGUUGCAGUAUUAUUAGCAGAUUUUCUGCCACUUUAUUAAGUAUACAACAGGAAUUCUUGAUUAAUAGCCAGGUAUGCAUAUAAAUAAGCUUAAUAUUGAAUAUUCAUGUUUCACUGUAUUCAUAUUUAUUGCCAGCUAUGCUUAUUAUUUAGCUAUAUUUUGAAUAUUCAUGAUAUCACUAUAAUCACUUUGCAUAUUAAUGAGUUCUAUAUAUUAACAUUCAUACAUAUGAUGAAUUGGCUAAGAUUAUUCAAAUAAUAUAUAC